UUGAGUCUUAUUGUGGAAAACAGAAACAGGAAGUGGAGAUAUGGUAUCGCAGCGUGUGAUUUGACAGUGUGGCGUUGGGUGUGGACUCUCUCCCCUGCUGUUUGCCUGUGUCUCUCUGUUCACAGCUCUGCACACCGACACUGAUUACUAAUGAUGAUGAUGAUUAUGUAAGAAUGAAGGGUCAAACUCAUGCAGCGUUCACGUGUGUUUGGAAUGCAGCAGUGGCAGCAUUCAGAACGUAAAGCCGCACCGUGCUGCCUUCAAGGUCUCUUCACAGUCAUGUGCAGAAUAGUUAAUGUGGUCAAAUGUUUGUUUCUCAGACAGCAGCAGUUUAGCCACACAGAAUGUCACCGCUGUUACCGCUUUGUUCAGCCAAGUGUGACACACACCAGGUUUGCAGAAAUUAACAGAGAGCAAACAAAGUUUUCAAAAAUGUUCAUAGAGUUUGUUCUUCAAAAGUCCCACUAUCCAUAAAGGUAUCUUCAUCCUCACAGUCAGUCCCAGCGCGCAUGCGCAGGAUUCGCGGAAGAAGUCAUGUUAGAGUUGUGUUGACGGCGUCUGUUCUGUGUCCGUUAGCCCGGGUCGGUCCGGGUCAAAGUGUUCGACUUGCUUGGGUCUGAACAGUCGGGAAGAUGAGCUGCUGUCCGGACAUCUCCCGCAGGAACCCGCAGGACGACUUCCAGCUGAUCCAGCGGGUCGGCAGCGGGACGUACGGUGACGUCUACAAGGCGAGGAGCGUCAGCACUGGCGAACUGGCGGCCAUCAAGAUCGUCAAACUGGAGCCAGGUGAGGACUUUGUGGUGGUGCAGCAGGAGAUCCUGAUGAUGAAAGACUGUAAACACUCCAACAUCGUGGCGUACUACGGCAGCUACCUCCGCAGGGAGAAGUUGUGGAUCUGUAUGGAGUUCUGUGGAGGAGGAUCACUGCAGGACAUCUACCACAUUACUGGUCCACUGACUGAGUCCCAGAUCGCUUACGUCCUGCGGGAAACACUGCAGGGACUCUUCUACCUGCACAGCAGAGGAAAGAUGCACAGAGACAUUAAGGGAGCAAACAUCCUGCUGACUGAUAACGGAUACGUCAAACUGGCGGACUUUGGUGUGUCAGCUCAGAUCACCAUGACCAUCGCCAAGAGGAAAUCCUUCAUCGGGACUCCAUAUUGGAUGGCUCCAGAGGUGGCAGCGGUGGAGAGGAAGGGUGGAUACAACCAACUCUGUGACAUCUGGGCCGUCGGCAUCACCGCCAUUGAACUGGCGGAGCUGCAGCCGCCCAUGUUCGACCUCCACCCAAUGAGAGCUCUGCUGAUGAUGACCAAAAGUAACUUUCAGCCUCCCAAACUGAAAGACAAAAUUAAGUGGACUGGAAACUUCCACCAGUUUGUAAAAAUCACUCUGACCAAGAACCCCAAAAAACGACCUGCUGCUGACAAACUUCUGCAGCACCCCUUUGUCUCCCAACCUCUCAGUCGUACUCUGGCCAUUGAGCUGCUGGAGAAAGUCAGUAACCCGGACCAAACACCCUACCAGGAGCAGCUGGACCACCUGGACGAUGACGAGGCCGAUGCAGAGGUUGUCUCCGUCCCUCAGAGGAUCCCAUCCGGAAACACCCGAGAAGGAAAAACUCUGUCUGAGAUCAACUUUGAUCAGAUAAAGUUUGAUCCUCCUCUGAGGAAAGAGACUGAAGCUCACCAUGAGGAGUCAGACUCUGACCGUUUCCUGGACUGUGAGGAGGAACUCUACUACACUGCAAGAUCCAAUCUGGAGCUGCAAAUGGAGGAUGAAGAUGCUGCUGCAGCAGGAUCCCUCAGGGGAAACAGGAGCCUGCUGAAGUCUGUGGAGGACGAGCUCAACCAAAGGGGUCAUGAGACUCACCUGGAUGACAAGGCCCCAGGUGAGGAUGCAGAUGACCCAGAGGAUGAUGACAUCUGUGUCCUAGGAUGGGAUGAAGAUGACCUUUCGGGUGUCUCUGAUGCUGCAGAUCACCAUGACAACCAUGAUGGAGAUGACAUGCAGCAAGUAAAAGACUCAACCCUGCGGCCUGGAGCUCAUCCCCCUCAGGAUGGCCCUCUGCUCCCUGACCACAAUCACCACAGCGACCAGGACCAGGGUACCAUAAAGUGUCAUCCUCUGUCAGAAAGUCCUACCCGUUCACCCAUCCAAGGUCCGCCCAGACCGCCGCCCCCUAAACUGCCCCCCCACAGACUCUGCAGUCUGGGGAACGUCCUGUCCUCAGAUCAGCAGCCUGCGACGCCACCUGCUGGCCACAGCUGGAGAGACAAGAAGGAGCCUCCAAAACCGGUCAGCAACGGACUCCCACCUACACCGAAAGUCCAUAUGGGAGCUUGUUUCUCAAAGGUUUUUAAUGGAUGCCCUCUGAAGAUUCACUCUGCUGCUUCCUGGAUCAACCCCGACACCCGAGAUCAGUACCUGAUCUUUGGAGCUGAGGAGGGAAUUUACACUCUGAACCUGAACGAGCUGCAUGAAAACUGCAUGGAACAGCUGUUUCCUCGCAGGUGUACCUGGGUUUAUGUGAUGAACAACACGCUCAUCUCCAUCUCAGGUAAAACCUCUCACCUAUGCUGCCACAGUCUGGUUGGUCUCUUCGAUCAGGCUCGACACAAACAGAAGCUCAGCGUCUCCAUCCCGACUCACCGUCUGCCUGAACGCAUCCUGCCAAGGAAAUUUUCCAUCUCCAGUAAGAUUCCCGACACUAAAGGCUGUCUGAGAUGCUGUGUAGUGAGAAACCCCUAUACAGGUCAUAAGUACCUGGGCGGAGCCUUCCAAUCAGGUGUGAUCCUGCUGGAGUGGGUGGAGCCGAUGCAGAAGUUCAUGCUGGUCAAGAAUGUCGACUUCCAGCCUCCAUGUCCUCUUGAGGUUUUGGAGCUCCUUGUCAUCCCGGAGCAGCCGUACCCGCUGAUCUGUGUUGGCCUGAGCAAAGGAACUGAACUCAAUCAGCCCAUCAGCUUCCAGACGCUUGACCCAAACUCCUCCACCCCCACUACCCCUGACACAGAAAACCCUCAGAGUUGUGUGAUCCACAUCACUCAGCUGGAGAGAGACACUGUCCUGGUCUGUCUGGACCGUUGUAUAAAGAUUGUAAACCUACAAGGGAAACUUAAGUCCAGUAAGAAGCUGUCGGCUGAGCUCACCUUCAACUUCCAGAUUGAGGCAAUUGUGUGUUUACAGGACAGUGUUUUGGCCUUCUGGAGACAUGGCAUGCAGGGGCGGAGUUUCAGAUCAAAUGAGGUCACUCAAGAGGUCAGUGACUUCAGCAGGAUGUUCCGCCUGCUGGGCUCCGACAGGGUGGUGGUUCUGGAGAGCAGAGCGACAGAUAACCCGACUGAACACAGUAACCUGUACAUACUCACCGGACACGAGAACAGCUACUGAGAGCAGUAGCAGUUGACCCAUCUAGGACCAAACCAGGACCAAACCAGUUACAAUUAACAGUCUGGUAUUGUAUGACUGUGGUCCACAACUAGAUCGUUUUUGCUUCCCUACUAUCACAUUUCAAAAGAACCAGGACCAAGCCAGGUUCUGUACUGUUACUAAUCGUCUGCUCUUCAGUGUUCACCAAAGUACUCAACCAAUAAUGGUCACUAUUCAAGUAACGUCUACCAUCAUGCAUUACAGCAGACCUGAAUAGUUUCCAACACUGAGUGAACACGUAUAGAGCCUGUCAGCUGGUCCAGACGGACUGACCCACAGUAGGUUAGGACCAGGAAACAUGAAGCAGGACUAGACCGAGAACCUGACUGAACAGUUCAGAUGUCAGGUGUCAUGUGACAGAAAGGUCCAGAACCAGAAUCCAGAUCUCUGUGGACCAAUGGUUGAUCCAGUUACUGAAACUCUAAUGUCAGUGAAUCAAUGGAUCAGUGAACUGAGACAAAGUGUCAGAACUGUAAAUAGAUUUUUAUACUGUAGUUUAUUUUGUACUUAUACAGUAUAACUGUAUUUGUAUUGUGUCUGUUUGAGAUCUGUGUGAUGCUGUCCUCAUGUGACACCGCAGUCAUUGUAGAAGCAGAGAAAACAGAAUGACCUGAAGUUUAGUUUUACACCCACUGCAAACUAAAUGUCUUCAUGGGUCCAAAUGUUGAGGAUGAUAUCCAAAACAAACUGAUGGAAAACCUGAAUGUGAACCUGUAGAGACCUUAGGUUGAUUAUCUGCUGAAAGCUGAACUUGAUGUUGACUUUGGAGGGAGAAGUUGGGAGGUUUUCUAAUUCACGUCAAGAAAUCUGAGUUUGAUCACAGCUCAAACAGGAAACAUGAGAUGUGACCCUGCAGAUGAGGGUCACAUGACCAGCAGAGAAACCUGCAGUCAUCAGGCUGGUUUUCAGGAACCUUGUUAGCUUGUCUGUUUUUAUUGUCACCUCAUGAGUAUUCAUGUAUCCCUUUAAAACCAUACAAGGAUCCUUUCAAAAUAAGACUCUUUUCAAAUUA